AUUGGAUAGUAUUUCAGAAUUUCUUAGUUUAAAAUUCCGCGCCACCUUCUUCUUCGUCUCUCUCCGCAGAUACUUACACACUCGCUGAAAUCUCUCUCGCCCUCUUCUUUCUCUCCAUAGCUUACUGGAAUAGUAGUAAAGGAUCUAUAGAGGUGAAGCUGAGACAAGAUGGGUGAUUCCUCUAGGGAGGAUGGCAGCGACACACUCCGAGUGCUUGUUGCCACUGAUUGCCAUCUGGGUUAUAUGGAAAAAGAUGAGAUACGUCGAUUUGAUUCGUUUCAGUCCUUUGAGGAAAUAUGCUCAAUUGCGGAGCAGAAAAAGGUGGAUUUCUUACUUCUUGGUGGUGAUCUUUUCCAUGAGAAUAAACCUUCAAGAACAACCCUAGUGAAGACGAUUGAGAUCCUUCGUCGAUACUGCCUCAAUGAUCAGCCCGUGCAAUUCCAAGUUGUCAGUGAUCAGACAGUGAACUUCGCUAAUAUCUUUGGUCAUGUGAACUAUGAAGAUCCCCACUUCAAUGUUGGCCUGCCAGUGUUUACCAUACAUGGAAAUCAUGAUGAUCCCGCCGGAGUGGACAAUCUGUCUGCUAUUGAUAUACUUUCCGCUUGCAAUCUUGUGAACUAUUUUGGGAAAAUGGUCCUUGGAGGCUCUGGUAUUGGUCAGAUAACUCUUCAUCCUAUUCUUAUUCGAAAGGGUUCAACAGCUGUGGCUCUGUAUGGUCUUGGAAACAUAAGGGAUGAACGGCUCAAUCGAAUGUUUCAGACACCACAUGCUGUACAGUGGAUGCUUCCUGAACCUCAAGAAGGGUGUCAAGUGUCAGACUGGUUUAAUAUUCUUGUUCUUCAUCAAAACAGAAUAAAGACGAAUCCUAAAAAUGCAAUCAAUGAGCAUUUUCUGCCACGAUUCCUGGAUUUUGUUGUGUGGGGGCAUGAACAUGAGUGCCUUGUUGACCCUCAGGAAGUUCCAGGGAUGGGUUUCCAUAUUACUCAGCCAGGUUCUUCUGUAGCAACCUCUUUAAUAGACGGGGAAGCAAAACCUAAGCAUGUCCUACUUCUAGAAAUUAAGGGAAAUCAGUAUCGCCCUACCAAGAUACCAUUGCAUUCAGUCAGACCUUUCGAAUAUGCUGAGGUUGUGCUAAAGGAUGAAGCUGACAUUGAUCCCAAUGAUCAAGCAUCAGUUCUUGAACAUUUGGACAAUGUGGUCAGAAAUCUGAUCGAGAAAUCUAGCGGGACGCCUGUGAGUAGAUCAGAGCUUGCCCUUCCGUUAAUCAGGUUAAAGGUUGACUACUCUGGUUUUAUGACAAUAAAUCCUCAAAGAUUUGGGCAGAAAUACGUCGGGAAGGUUGCAAAUCCACAAGAUAUUUUAAUUUUCUCGAAGGCUGCCAAGAAACGCCAGGCUCAUGAAGGCAAGAUUGAUGAUUCCGAACGGCUUCGCCCCGAGGAGUUAAAUCAACAAAACAUUGAGGCUCUGGUUGCUGAAAGUAAUUUGAAAAUGGAGAUCCUUCCAGUUAAUGAUUUGGAUGUUGCACUGCACGAUUUCGUUAACAAGGAUGACAAAAACGCAUUCUAUGAUUGCCUGAAAUACAAUUUGGAAGAAACACGUAAACAAAUUUCAAAGGAACCAGAUACUCUGAAGUUUGAGGAGGAAGAUCUAAUUCUUAAAGUCGGAGAGUGCAUGCAGGCACGUGUAAAAGAAAUGUCGAUGCGCUCCAAGGACGGCGCAGAGGCCACACCCUUCUCAGGGAGUUUCAGGGAUACAAGGGGUAAAAAUACAGCUGGAUUUGGAAUUUCUAAUUCCUUCAGUGAUGAUGAAGACACCACCCAGCUGUUAUCAAGCUCAAGGUCUACUGCAAGAGGCAGCAAAUCAUCAGCUGUUGCUUCUAGGUCUUCUCAGGAUGCUUUUGGAACCUCUACAAGAGGUAGGGGGACCAGGGGAAGGGGUAAAGGAAGAGGAUCUAGUAACCUUAAGCAAACAACUCUCGAUGCAGCACUGACCAUUCGGCGUUCUGAUAGAUCUGCUUCAGUUGCUACACCAAGUGCAGUCCCAAGUACUGAGAACGAUGAUGAUAAAUUGGAUUCUCCUUCUAGUGAUGAGGUGGAGGAAUUUGGGGUUAAUGACGUCCUUGACAGUUCGGAAAACGAAGAUAUCCCCGCUAAAGGUCGCAAAAGAGCAGCCCCAGCUACAAGAGCAAGAGGUAGAGGUAGAGGUAGGGGAGCUACAUCAUCUAAUAAAAGGGGACGGAAACAGGAUUCUUGUUCUAGUCACAAACCAAUCUUGACUAAUGAUGAUGACGACGACGACGAUGAUGAUAUGGCUAACAGGUUGAAGAAGGCUCAACCUCGGGUAACUAGGAAUUAUGGCGCUCUGAGGAGAUGAUUAUUGACUGUCGGAUCUUUGGAAGCAACAAUUGGUUCUUAGGGUCACACCAUAGAAGGUUUUGGUCAUGUAAUAUUUCCAUAGUAGAUUGGUGAUUUUAACUUUUUUUAAUAUAUAUAGAUUGGUAAUGAAUAUGUUGUGUAUAUUUGAAUCAAAACAACUCCUGACUUCUACCUUUUUAAGUAUCUCACUAGGCACAAUGAAAACCUCUCGACUCUUGUAACAGUUUUGAUGACAAAACCUGUUUAAUCCAGUUGCGAUCUCAUUGCAGGUUUUACUU